CUGUCCUCGCGCAUUCAGGUCACCGCACGCGACUUCACUUCAUCCUGAGUUUACCGGGUUAAACACUUUUAACGGAGAUGCGCGAGACGAGUUUGAGAGAACUUUACUUCCUGUGUAUCAUUAUCUGGUGUCUCACCGGGUUUUGUUCUCAUGUUGAAUGUUAUCCAUUGCUAGACUGUGGAGAAGAUGAAGACUACAUACAGGGUUCAGCAGUGCAGAGCUCUCUGUGUGGACUCGUCUGGGGAGACCAGAACAAGGAGCAGAUUCAGAAUGUCUUCAAACGGUUCUUAUUUCAUUACUCGAAAGCACGGAACUCAGUAGGCACUGUUGAGAGAGAGUCUCACUCCGUCCACCCCUUGAUGCGUCUUUCACCCAAGUUUACUCUGCGAAGGAAGAAACAGCAACUUUUGUCGAGACACUGAAGAUGACUUGUGAUCACUCAGACACAUUGUAAG